ACAGUCACUGCUCUACCCAUAUUUGAACAUUUGAACAAAAAAUUACUAAACGAAAGGGUGGAGACGAAUCAUAAACAAUUUUUUUACAACUCCUCAACAUGACUUUAAGCUGUCCGGUGAUAUAUGCUUGUCCGGAUACCAAGAUACCUAAAGGCUAUUGUACAAUUAAACUCGACAAUUUGACGAGAGGUACAUGUGAUGAUGGAAAUAUUUUGAUUCCCUAUUGCCCUUGUGAAAGCCAAGAGGAAUUGAUUUCAACCGGAAUACUUAUAGCUGCAGUAGUCGGUAUAUCCAUCGCCUUCAUAUUUUCUAUAGUCUGUACUAUCGUCCUUUUUACAAUAAAAUAUAUACGAUUAAAGAAUCGUCUCAACGAUGAGAAAGAACUUAAUAAGAAAAUAUCAGAAGCUAAAAAAGAUUUAAAAGCCCCAAUGCCGGAUUUUGUACCAGAUUCUAGUCCAGUGUAUUACCUGGCUGAGAAUAUCUACCAUACUGUUGAAGAGCCAAACGAGAAACACUAUUCGAAAGCCGAUACAAACCGCACGAAUUGUGAAAAUGCUCAAGAGAAAGCUGAUGGAAUGAAGCCGAUAUAUUCGCGUGUUCAUAAAAAAAGACCCGAUAGCAAUAUUGUUAAUUUGACAGAGAAUUAUAUUUAUAAUGUUGAAAUAUGA